GAGAGGCCUCGCUGUGUGUGUGUGUGUGUGUGUGAGUGAGGCCUCGGCCACUCAAGAUGGAGGCUCUGCCCUGCCUGUCGGGCCCGGAGGAGCUGGAGGACGCGGCCCACGCGCGGGCGCUGCUGCGGGAGCUCAAGUCCUUCUACGACGCGCGGCUGCUGGUCGACGUGACCCUGGAGGUGGACGGCGGGCGGCGCUUCCUGUGCAACCGCAACGUGCUGGCGGCGGCCAGCCCGUACUUCCGGAGCAUGUUCACCGGCGGCCUGUACGAGAGCAAACAGAAGAAGGUCACCAUCCACGACGUGGACUCGGACUCCAUGGCGCUCAUCAUCGACUACUGCUACACGGGCCGGGUGACGGUGUGCGAGGCCAGCGUGCAGAAGCUGUACGUGGCGGCCAACAUGCUGCAGCUCGAGUACGUCAGGGAGGCGUGCGCCGGCUUCAUGGCCCGCAGGCUCGACCUCUACAACUGUGUGGGCAUCUUAAAGUUUGCAGAUGCUUUUGACAAUGUGGACCUGAAAGGAAAGGCACUUGCUUUCAUUGCACGCAAUUUGCAAAAUUUGUGCAAAACAGAAGAGCUGUGUGAACUCUCUCUACUGCAGCUGAAAGAAGUCCUGAAGUUGGAUACACUGGAUGUUGACAGUGAGAUGAGGGUUUGUACAGUUGCAAUUCAGUGGAUUGAAGCAAAUGUCAGUGAACGUGCUAUACAGGCUAUGGAGGUACUGAAGUGUGUGAGGUGGCAUCAUUUCAGUGGAAAAGACAAAGUGUACAUAGAUGGGCUUAAAUCCAAGCCCUUUGUCAAAAGCCAGCUUCUCAGCUUUUUCACUGAUGACUUGUUUGUGCCCAAAAGUGGUGAUAUGUCCUGUACUUUACAAAAUUCAGUAAAGAGGAUUGGGUCCAGUGCCAAGGAGAUGGUUAUAUUCUUUGGUCAUCGCAAGGAGCCUUUUCUCUGCUAUGAUCCAUAUUCUGGUGACAUUUAUACAAUGGCUUCACCUUUAAUUAGUCCUACUCUUACCAAGUCCAUCACUUCACUUGCUGUCUGUGUUUCACCAGAAAAUGAUGUCUUUUUGGCAGCACAACCAACCAAACAGCUCUGGGUGUACAAUGCUGUUCAGAAUAUCUGGCAAAAACUAGCGGAGCGAUUAUUAGCAAGAGAGGGGAUGGAUGUUGCUUACCUUAAUGGCUUCAUCUACAUCCUAGGUGGUCGAGAUCCAUCCACAGGUCUUAAGAUUAAAGAGGUUGAGUGUUACAGUAUUCAGAGGAAUCAGUGGAUUUUUGUGGCCCCUUUGCCUCAUGCAUUACACUCAUUUGAGCUUAUUACAGUUGGCGACUGCUUAUAUGCAGUUAAUAACAAAAGGAUGUUAUGCUACGUGCCUGAAAGGAAUCAGUGGCUGAACUGUGCCUCCUUAAAACGGAGUGAAUUUCAGGAGGCUUGUGUCUUCAAUGAUGAAAUCUACUGUAUUUGUGACAUUCCAGUCAUGAAGGUUUACAACCCUUCAAGAGGUGAAUGGCGACGGAUUAGUGAUAUCCCUAUCGAUGCCAACAUUCACAACUUCCAAAUAGUUUGUCACGGCAACAAACUCCUUCUCAUAACCACCACAGUUCCGCAGUGGAAAAAGAACCGAGUGACAGUUCAUGAAUAUGAUGCAAACGGUGACCAGUGGAUCAACAUUGGUACAAUGUUGGGAUUGCUGCACUACGACAGUGACUUCAAAUGUCUUUCAGCACGUCUUUACCCUUCAUGCCUAGAGGCUGGUCAGAGCUUCAUUAGUGAGGAGGAUGAUGUCCGCAGCGAAUCGAGUGCAGACUGGGAUUUUGAAGGUUCAAGUGAUAUUGACUCUGAAUCCGGCAGUUCAAGUUUAUUUUCAGACGAUGAGGAAUGGCAACCACCAGAAGGACUAAGAGUUGAAAGAAUACAGCAAAAUGGCCCUCCUGAAAAUAGUGCUCCCCAUAUUAAUGGUCAAAUUGGUAACUAACUGUCUCAAUAAAAAAUGAACCUAUUUACAAUCAAUAAGAUUUAAAUUUAAAAAAUCAAAAUGAAAAGUGGCUUUUUUUCUGAUUGCUACUGACAUGGUACUUUUGGGCAUAUACAAGUUAUAUUUUUUGCUGUACAUGUUUAACUGUGUUUGGAAGAACUGGAAUAAUAAAAUCAGCAUUGAAAAUGUUUUUCUCUUAUUUGAUGGCUGUACUGUGAACUUUUUAAAAAUUACUUGGGGCAUAAGUUGUAAUUUGCAGAGCACAUCUGUUAGUCUGUUUGGAGUGGAUCACGACUGUUUAACUUGUGCAAUGUAGUAUUAAUACAUUUAAAGUUCUCAGUAAUAAUAGAAAUGUUGAGGAUGGAUAUAUUGGUGUGUCUUUCCUAUCGCAUAAGGAUCACAUACCUUGGGAUUUCAAAACUCUUGGUAGAAUAAAUGUAUGCAUGAGAAGCCUUCAGUUUCGGUCGUGUGAGUUAUUUUGUAAGUUAGCUUUUCAGUUUCCAGCAAGAUUUUGAAUUGGUUAAGGAGAACUCUUUAAUUCCAGGGCAAAAAAAAAUCUUACAACAUUUAAUUGUUUAAAUUUCCUUUCAAGUUAUCUUGUUUAUUGGAAGGAUUGAGGUUGAUUGGGAAGUGGGCAAUUUAUUCUAUAUGUAACACAGAUGGUUCCAUUGUGACAGGUUGUUGCAGUGUUGAGCAUUUUCAUCUUUUCAAAGUUUGAAAUGUAUCAGGAGAGUAGUUUUGAAAGUACAAAGUAACCUGUAUAAUGGGCAGGUAAAAUCAAUUAUAAUGCUCAGCGCAGCAUUGAAGGAACAAGUUGUGAAGCUGGUUUUGUCAGGAAGCAAAAUGGAAUAAAAUGAAUAUGAGAACUUAAUAGAAAA